CUCUUCUCUACUUUCCCAUCACUUGAUUUGGACUUCGAGUUUCCCUGAAUUCAUCGGGGAUUCAUUUUUGUUCUUUUCCUGCAUGUGUGGGGGUGUAUCAAUUUGACUACCUAGGAAGUCUUUCCAACUUAUGUGAGGCCAGGAACUGGGGGAUAAGAAGGCAAUAUCCUACCAAAAAUAAAUCAGCACAACUCAUCCAAGGCCCUGUUGAUUCCGGAUUUUAAUAUCUGGGAACAAUAGCAUCAACACGCGAAAAUGGCCAGCAGACCACCCAUCAUGCCGCCUCAUAAUGAGACUGAGCACUCAGUUAGCCGGAUCACCCGUGAAGGCAAACAGCUCACGUACAAACUGAGCGUGAUGCAACAGCCAGAGCGGGCAAGAGCAUGCGGCGCAGGAGCAAAGUCAUCUGCCGACCGUCGCCCUGUUGACCCACCGCCUGUGGUUGAGCUACGCAUCUUCGAGUCUGACCCGGCUAACGAUGCGCAAAAGACCGACAUCACCUUCGCCUACAAUGCCAAUUUCUUCCUCUACGCGACCCUUGAUACCGCACGCCCUAUCGCCCACGGACGGGUGGGUGGACCACAGUCGUGUCCUGUAUUGACUGGUGUGCCAGUCGCCGGUGUCGCAUAUCUCGACCGCCCCUCACAAGCAGGCUAUUUCAUCUUCCCAGAUCUGUCGGUGCGCCAUGAGGGCCGGUACCGCUUGAACUUCCACUUGUACGAAGAGAUCAAGGAAGCCAAGGAUGCUGACAAGGAUUCGACCUUGCCUCUUCCCAACCAAAUUCCUCUUUCCGCCACCUCAAAGCCGGGAACCCCGCAAGCAUUCCUUCAUUUCCGUCUCGAGGUCAAGUCAGUGCCUUUUACCGUUUAUAGCGCGAAGAAGUUCCCUGGCCUAGCAACCAGCACCUCUCUGAGCCGUAUCAUUGCUGAGCAGGGUUGCCGUGUUCGCAUUCGUCGUGAUGUUCGUAUGAGACGCCGGGGCGACAAGCGAGAAGAGGACUAUGAAUUCGGCGAGGAUCGCGCAGCUGCGUAUGCAAGAUCAUCAGAUCGUUUCACAACACCCGACAGAUACGCAGCUUCGAUGGAUCGCCCUAGGUCAAACAGCAAUGGUAGCAAUAUGGAAUCGCCCUACGGGUUUGUUCCCCCAGAUCGACGACCAUCUGCGCCCGACUAUGGCUUCCAGGGCCCGCAAACCUAUCAAAGACCCUUGCCACCUGCACCCAUGUCACACUCGCAAACACCCUCAUACCAAUCACACCUCUCAUUUGGCUCCACGCCUUCGCAUUAUCCAGCUCCUCACAUGCCUCCUACACCUCCACCGGUUGCACCGCAAGGUAUCUACUCCCCACAGCACGCAUAUGCCCAGAUACGACACUCAUCCAACGCCUCCGAAUACGAAGGAACACCCAUUGCGUAUCCGGCGCCUCAAAUACCUGCCGAACGAGGUGGAUACCCCAAGUCUGGUAUGAAUUCCUAUGGCAUGGAGCCACCGAAACCAAACUCAUACGUGGAUCCCCGCGUGGCUGAACCAAGUUUAUACCAAUCCAUGCCCAAUGUUCCGGUGUCGCGUUCUCAAACACCGAACUUGGUGCAGUCCAUCCCGCCUCUCAAGCCCCUGCCAAAUGAAUAUGCCAACCAGAUUGUUCCUUCUGUGGAAAGCACUUCACCCGGCAGUGGUGGUGGUUACGACAACGUUAGAGGGAAGCGUAUGGUAUACCAAACUGGGCCAGCAUACGGCAAAAGGAGUCAUGAAGAUACUUUCGGCCCUGAUGACCGGUCAAUGCAGAACGGCAUGCGGCCUGAUACCGAGCCUUAUCCGGCUUAUCGCGAUUUCGCGGGAGAAAGUCGCGCUGCACUUAUGGCGGAAAUGGGCAUUCAGUUGUCCUAUAAGCGUGCUAACGGCAAAAUGGUCAUGAAAGCCCCUCCGUCGAGUUAAUAAUAUCUGAAAUGGCCUCAAAUAUCCUGCCAUAAUGGUGGAAAGCACGAUAUAUUUGCCUCGGGCUUGCCUCGAUGACCGAGUCUCAACCAGGUUAAUGAACUGGCUUAUUGUGAUGGUACCUGAUUGCAUCUUUUUUGUACAUAAUCUCUCUCCUGAUUCCUCAUUGAGGCUACUUGAGCCCUAUAUUCCUCGAUGCAUUUGGACUCAUCUCUUCGAGAACUGGUUUCUUCUUUCAUGUUCCACUCUUUUGCGAGAAAUUUCUUUGGUCAAAGUUCGGAGUUAUAUAGGGGUUUGGCGGUUUGCUAUUCAUACUCCCUGCCCCAAUGAUCAUUUAUGUUUGUCACAUCCAUUUCUCGGACUUGUAUCAUUCUCGAAUUGCUUACUUUCAUCAUCAAGAGCAAGGCGCCUUGUUCCCUUCAUCCCAUGGGAUCGGAACAGGGGAUGCUAUCCCUAUCUCGACUCUAGCUAGGAUGUUCUUCAGCAUUGCUCUUGGAGCAUACACUUUCCGAACAGCCAAGGGCAGGUCUCAUUAACGUUGCGAUACUGGGUUCCUUGCUUCACAGCCAAUCCCUGCUGCUUAAUCUACUCUUUAUACUGGCGUUGUGGCAUCUCCUUGACACCUAGCAUUUUUUU